UGGGUCCAAGAUCACUGUGGGGAUCAGUGGUAGCAGCCAGAGGUGCCAGAAACCACAGCAGCAAGACCACGAGACAACAGUGGGCUUCUUUCUCAGCCGCUGGAACGAGUAAAAUACCGAUCCACGUGUUUUAGAAAAACAAGAAUUACAACAGCCAACCUAUGUUGCCCUCAGCUACAUUAAUAGAUUCAUGACAGAUGCCGCCCGCCGAGAGCAGGAGUCCCUGAAAAAGAAGAUUCAGCCGAAGCUCUCGCUGACCCUGUCCAGCUCAGUGUCUCGAGGGAAUGUGUCCACGCCGCCCCGCCACAGCAGUGGAAGCCUUACUCCCCCCGUGACCCCGCCCAUCACGCCCUCCUCGUCAUUCCGCAGCAGCACCCCAACAGGCAGCGAGUACGACGAGGAGGAGGUGGACUACGAGGAGUCGGACAGCGACGAGUCCUGGACCACCGAGAGCGCCAUCAGCUCCGAAGCCAUCCUCAGCUCCAUGUGCAUGAACGGCGGGGAGGAGAAGCCUUUUGCCUGCCCGGUUCCCGGAUGUAAAAAGCGAUACAAGAAUGUGAACGGCAUCAAGUACCACGCCAAGAAUGGUCACAGAACACAGAUCCGUGUCCGCAAGCCAUUCAAGUGCCGCUGUGGGAAGAGUUACAAGACAGCUCAGGGCUUGCGGCACCACACAAUCAACUUCCACCCCCCGGUGUCGGCUGAGAUCAUCAGGAAGAUGCAGCAGUGACGUGCUGCUCCGGACUGUGCCAAGAAUCCUCACCAGCAGUUGCUGACUUUGAAAACAGCCACCUUUUUUUCAGGGGAAGCAUUCAGCAACCCUUUAAAGAAAAAGAGUUAAGAUGCAUGCUUUAAAUUUUUUCUGUAAUUUUGGAAUGAUGUACCUUUGUAGAGUUACUGAUUUUGUACAUUUGCACAUGUAUCCAUCAAACCCAUUUUCAUUACUUUGAUCCAAGGUGCUAAACAGAAACAAAAGAAAAAAAAAGCUCUAGGUUCUUCAGCACACUUCUCCCCCCAAACAAAGCUGAGGGCAUGUUGCACCUGUUUCAGUCGGACUCUGCAGUGGUGUCGCUCCGGGGGCAGAGGGGCCGGCACUGAGGCGUUUCCCCAUUAUUGUAAUGUGAUUGAAGUUUUUCAACACAUCAACUCAUGUCUGUUAAAAACCAAAAUGAUUCCUCCAUUAUCCAACUGGUUACCAUGCCUUACAGAGUGGAGUUCGUUUGUGAGUAGAGAGACUUUAGGUAGUGGAAAUAUAAAGAAUGUUUAACAUAAUAUGCGAAAAAUAUUUUCAUAUUUAAAUAACAUACAUUAAAGGUGUGCUUUCUGUGUUUUAUAUUCUCUUGCAAAUCCUUUUUCCCCUUGGAAAAGCUGAAAAUCUUGCCAUCUGACUUUCCUAUCAUUUUAGUGUCAUCAGUGGCAUUUUUGUACAAAACUCGUCUCUUGGGUUCACGCAUUCCUUCAGUAUACAUUCAUUGAGUGCCUGCUGGGCGCGAGAGACCACACAUACGCCUGCCCAUCAUUGUGGACCAAGGUAUUGGUUUAGUGAAAGAUGUUUCCCGGCAAUCUGUUAGCAAACACUUGGAAAUGCUUAAUUGCGACUUUUGUCUGUGUGAAAUUUAGUUCUAUCUUCAUUUUCAGAUGAGGUUUUUAAAAGCACUUUGUUCUCGAUUGCCAACAGAUUUCGUGUGUAUGUGUUGCCAAUUCUUGAAACCACUGCCCUAACAGACCGAUGGGUUGCAAAUGAGAAUGAAAAUUGUAGGCAUGUUACAGAGAGGAGCGUUUUUGUUGAGACCCACAUUGCCUCUUCCUCAAGUUCAGUAUAUUUUUAUUUUUCUAAGGCACUUUCCCAUCAUAUUGUAGACGUCUUGCACUCCCAUUGAGAUGGUCUGUGUAGGGUUAGAAAACCUGUUGCUGAACUAAAAUCGAGCCUUACUGACAUAAAGUGCUUCUUGCAGCACGUGGUUAGAGAAAGAAUGACUGGUGUGACCCAUUAGUGCAGCCGCCAUCUGGACCCUUCCUGAGUUUUGCUCACCGUUGGGACCAUCAUGCCUUGAGUGUUCUUUUCUCCCAAGUGCUAUUCCUUAAACACAAGAGUUUACCAAUUGCCUGAUUAUGCAAUAAAAACGGCUUUGAGGCAGCAAACUGCCCGACCCUCAAACUGGAAAAAGGCAAAUCUGAAUCACUUGUAAAAGAGCUUUCCUACAUACUCACGUCUUACAGCUGGGAAGGUGUCCCACCUCCAUUCUGUAGACAUUUUGUAACAUUCUGUUAGCCAGAUGGGAAAGCUUCUACCUUCCUAAGUUGUAUGACUCUCACCAGGAGGGAUACAAAGGCUCGAAGGUUCUACAGACACUGCCCUCUAAAACGUUCCCUCAGCUUUCUUUCUGGAGAGCAGUCUCGCUUCUGAUUAUGAUGUUAUCCUGUGUGCUUCAAGUCAGGAUGAUCCAGACGUGAGAAGCAACUAGUUGGUGCAAAAGGAGGCCCUGCUUGGCUAGUUCAUAUCCACCUACAAUUGACAGACAACAAAAUGUUUAGGCCAAUAAUCAUUUAGCGUUGCUCCUAGUUCAAGAAACUACAGGCUGAUCAAUUGUCCCACAGCUAAACAGUCAUAAAAGUCAUCAUGCAUGGUAACUUUUUUUCAAGUAUAAAACAAAUUCCAGUUUCUAUUUACUUAUUCAUUGUGACAGUAUUACACCAGUAAGGAUGGGAAUAUUUUGUUAUACCAUGUAUAGUGAAUGUAUUGUACUGUGUCUGUGAGAACUGUGCUUUAAAUUAUAUUUUCAUAUGUUUUGUUGAGGACAGAGCACAUUAAGUUUGAAAGUGACAGGUUUGUUUUAGAACUGAAGGCAACUUAGUGGAUCAAAAUUCCUGUCAAGAAAAGCUGCUUAUAAAUGUAAAUGAAAUCACAUUUAAAAUAAACUGCCUCUGACCCAAAAUAAA